AUGAAUAACGACCACAACGAAGAGGAAUUACUGCAAAGUACAGUUGAUAAUGUGAAAGAGGAAACACAAGAAGCAGAUACAAUAAAUGAAUUGUUUAGUGAUAAUUUCAUAUCAAAUCAAAACAACAGUUUAAAUGGAAGUGAGCCACGUACAACUAGUAGUAAUACAAUUACUAUCAGUUUCACUGAAAGUGAAAGUACAAGUUCAUCAAGCAGUCACGAUGACUCUGAUGACAGUGCUGAGAGUGAAGAAACAGACUCAACUAGUUCCGACGAUGAUGAUGAUGAUGACAACCAGUCCACUAAAUCGAAUCAAAUUGCCGAUUUCUCUGGCCAAGGCUUUACUGUAGUACCAUCAAUAAUAUUUCAUAGGCUAACAAUCACCAGAUUAAAUUUGUCAAAUAAUAAUCUUAGUUUUUUACCACCAGAAAUAUGUUCAAUGAUCAAUUUACAAUAUUUGGAUAUCAGUCAUAAUAAUCUACGUGGUUAUUCUGAAGUGCCUGAAAUGAAAUCUACUAGUCUUUCUCCAAUGAAAAGCACCAAUGAUACAGUUCAUCGUAAUAGUAUAUACAUUGGUAGAAAGAAAUCAACUGAGUUUUUAAAUAAUAAGGAUAACAACAAUGAUAAAUCAGAUAAUGCACAAUUACCAAAGGAUAUGAACCGUUUGAUCAAUUUGAAAACACUGAAAAUGUCUUCGUGUGAUUUGAAAUUUAUUCCAAAAGUUACUUUUCAAAUAACUAGUUUAACCAAACUAGAUAUAAGUGAAAAUUGGACAACUGAACUUCCUACAGCGAUAGGUAAUUUAGUGGAGUUACGCUGUUUAUUGGCUAAACGAAUGGGACUAAAUACACUUCCAAUACAAAUAAUUAAUUGUUCGAAACUACGUACAAUAAAUUUAUAUGGAAAUGAAAUAACUGCACUUCCAGAUGAAUUUUCCAAACUUGACAAAUUAAGAACUUUGCAUUUAGACUAUCGACAUUUUAUCAAGGCAUUGAUUAAACCGAAAAAAGCUUCCAAAGUAAAAAUAGUCAAUUUUAUUGAUUCAUCCGAUGAAAUUAACUCAAAUAAUACUACUACAACAGAAGUAAACAAACCAAGAAAAUCUAUUGUAGCAGAAGAGACUGCAGCUUCAAUUGCUGAACGAAUUGAUACAUUACUUCGUUCAGGUCAAAUGAAAUCAUAUCAUAUACCAGCAGCUAUAUUUAAACUACGAAGACUUACUGCAUUGUAUCUUGAUCGUUGUCAGUUAAACUUCAUUCCAGAAAAUUUAACAUUGCUAAAAAGACUUCGUGAACUUGAUUUAUCAAAGAAUUACUUCAAAGAUAUUCCACAAGGAUUAUUCACGCUGUAUAAUACAUUGGAAUACUUAGAUUUUUCAGAUAACACAUUAAACAGUGAAGCAGAUCAAAUAAUUUCACUACCAAAAGAUUUUGGCGCUAAGUUUCAAAUGCUUAGAGUACUGAAACUGUCUUCAACAAAUUUAACUUGUUUGCAAAAUGGAGUACUCUGUGGAAUGAAUAGAUUACAGCUGUUAGAUUUAAGCCGAAAUAAAAUAAGUCAAUUACCGGACGAUAUUAAUAGCUUGAUUAGUCUUGAAGAAUUACUUCUUUCUGAAAAUAAGCUCACAUCCUUGCCAAAUACAAUUUGUCACCUUAAAGAACUUAGAACUCUUGAUGUAAGCUAUAAUCGAUUGAUAAAUUUACCUGGAGAUUUAUAUUUACUCAGAAAUAUUCAAAUAUCUCACUUCCAUAAAGGAUUACAUAAAUCUGGUCUUUGGCUUCAAGGUAAUCCAUUAACCGGUAUACCGCAAAAUGUUUGGAAAACAGUAGAAAUUAAACAUUUAUGGAAAUAUUUAGAGGAUAAACGACUAAAAGAAUUAUCACAUGUCAAACCAACAAAAAUUUUCGUAAUCGGUGAUAAAUUAUCCGGGAAAUCAACAUUAAUCAAACGUUUAAUGAAGAAUGGUUCAAGGAAUUCAAGUACACAGAUUAGUCUACCUUCACAACUUGAAACUUUUUCAACAGAAUAUAAAUCAUUGACUAAAAAUAUUCCAAAUGAUGUUGAAUUACCAUUAGAAUGGUCACCAAUAUCAAUAAAUCAUUGUUUUACACCAAAUGGAUUUAAAGUGGUAUUUUAUGAAAUCACCUUACCUCAGUCAUGUCAUUUAGAUCAUAAACAUUCUUCUGUUUGUAGUCAACAUUCUGGAUUAGAAUUAAUUUUGCCACAUCUUUUAGACACUAACUGCUUUUAUAUUUUACUUUUCAAUGCAAAUUUAUUAGUCAAAAAUCUGCAAAACGCUGUUAAUAAUAUAUGUUUUUAUUUACUUAGAAUACAAAUGUAUGCACCAGGUUCGUUUAUUAAAUUGGUAGGAACACAUUGUGAUCAAAUUGAUCUGUAUAAGUCUAUCCCACAAGAUUUAAUGAAUGUUGAAGAGAUCACUGAGGAACAGAAUCAAACAUCGGAAGUAAACAAACUCGAAAACUCAUGGAUAACUAUUCAAAACAAUGAAUUGGAAGAAAAUAUAAAAGAUGCUAAGAUCGAUUUUGGUAAACUAAUUCAAGCACACAUAAUCAAUAAGAUCAAACAUUUGUCGAAAUGCAUUGAACCAUUUAGUUUGCUCAAUAUCCACAAACAUGAAGUAGAUAACAACAUAACCGUUUUACAGAAUAUCUCUUUUGUUAAUCUAUCUUCAUCAGUACCUAAAAUUCAUUCUGGUUCUCCAUUUAAAGAUAAAGUACAUGUUGCAAAUCAGUUCCGCUUGAUCAAUACCAUUAACAUAGAUGAAUUGUGGAGUGAAAUUGAACAUCGAAUAAAUUUUACCAGUCAGAUAUUAAACAAAGAUCAUGUCACUCCUAAAUCUUGGGAUUCUUUAAUUGUUUAUAUUCGAGACAAAAUGAAAUCAGUUUUUAUGGUAAAACUUGACUUACAGUCACAGCUAAACAAUGAAGAUUGUUCACCAUCUAAAACUGGAAAUAACCAGUUAAUUUUGGACAAGAAAUUUUUUGAUGAAAUGAAAAUCGAUAACAUUGAAGAUUGUUUAAAUUACUACCAUUCAACCGGUCAGUUGCUAUACUUUUCAAAACAUAAGUAUCUAAAAGACUAUUUGAUUUUACAUCCAACAGUGUUCCUUUCUAUCAUUAAUGGUAUUAUUAAUCCACAAGUCAUAACUUCCGCUUACCAUGAUACGGAAAACAGUAAUACGAGUUUAUACAUUAGAUGGUACUUAAGCGCAAUAUCUGGUUAUUCAGUCGAAUGUUUGAAAGAAUACUUCAGCUCUUGGAAUCAUCAUAAAUCAAUUCCAUAUCAAGUGAUACGUUGUCUACUUCCUCCAUUUGGAUAUCGUACGUGUAAAUCACUUCUAUCUAAUAAUACUCAUCAACAAACCAGACAACAACAACGGCGUUUUCUUUCAAAAAAACGAAAUCAUCAUUUAGAUGUGCCUUUAUAUCAUCAAGCAGGCAAACUGGCCAUGAGAUCUUCAGCUAGAUCAAAAUCUCCUGUAUGCUUUACCAAACAAGCUGAAACUGAAAAAGAUUAUUUCAGUUUAUCAGUUAACUCAAUUAGUCCAUCAAAUGUAUCAAUUAAUAGCGUUUUACUGCUAACCGAUCUCUUGGAAGCUGGAUUUAAAAUUCACGAUUUAAUAAUAGUUGAUGAUAAUUCGAAAAUUAUGCAACAAAACAAACCUAAACCUUAUAUCGUAUAUCCGUGUCUAUUUUCCGAUAAUAAUAAAAUGGAAUUUUUGUACAGUAAUACUUCAAGUUACAGAAAUUCGACAAUUCAAUAUGAUAUAGAAGAAAAAGAAUGUGUACAAGAAAUAUGGUUUCCAUUAGGUCGACCUAUGGGUUAUUUUAACCGACUUUCAGUUAGUUUAUGCAACGUAAUGUGUGAUGAAACAAAAUACAAAGAAUUUUGUGAUUCAGUUUCAGAUUUAAAUUAUGUAGAAAAGUCUACAUCAAAUGAUCUAAUUGUAAAACAUAACACAUUUAUCGUUACAUAUGGUUAUACCAAAAUUAAGUUGGAAGAAGUAACUGUUAAUGGAAACUUAUUUGGUUUAUCAGAAUGUUACACCGUAUAUGGAAUUAGAUGUAUACAACAAACUAAAAAAGAAUGUCUAUCUAUUGACAAAGUACAAUCAAACGAUAUCACUUUUAAUCCAUAUGUCUGGUUCAUUAAAACGUGUAAUCAGUUAAAUAAUGAAGCUCAAGGCAUUGUUUGGUUUUGGUCUAAAUAGCAUACCUUUUCUGAUUAGCUGAUAACUAAUCACAAAAAUAUUGAAUUUUAUAAAACUGGAAAGUUAAUUAAUUAUAACAGUCAGAUUCAAUGGUGUUAGUUUAUUCUUGUUCUGUAAAUGGCUAGUUUCAAGGUGGAUAACAAAUUCAAUCGCUACACUAAAGUUUUGGGUACUUCACGA